UGACUCCGGGAGGGGGUGGGGGGGGAGAGGGGAAGGACUGAGCUAAGCUGCGCAGUCAGACACAGGCUGGGGCGCCAGCUGGAGAAACCGGACUUAAGGCGUGUGUCCUGGACCGAGAGAGCAGUGUGUCCUUUGUCCAGAACUCAUCUGAGAAGCUGCCACAGAAAUUGCUGCUCCAAGUUGAUCACUGAACAGGGGGCUCCAGGACCUGCAGGAUGGGGGCAGCCUGCAUCAAAGUCACCAAGUACUUCCUCUUCCUCUUCAACUUGCUGUUCUUUAUCCUGGGUGCCGUGAUCCUGGGCUUUGGGGUGUGGAUCAUCGCAGACAAGAGCAGCUUCGUUUCUGUCCUGCAAACUUCGUCCAGCUCGCUGCAGGUCGGGGCCUAUGUCUUCAUCAGUGUGGGUGCCAUCACCAUGCUCAUGGGGCUCAUGGGUUGUAUCGGUGCUGUCAACGAGGUCCGCUGCCUGCUGGGGCUGUACUUCGUCUUCCUUCUGCUCAUCCUGAUCGCACAGGUGACUGUAGGGGUCCUCUUCUACUUCAAUGCUGGCAAGCUGAAGCAGGAGGUGGGCAGCAUGGUGAUGGACAUCAUGAAGAACUACAAGGUCAAUGCCAGCAGCAGCCAUGAGGAGAGCCUGCAGGAGGCUUGGGACUAUGUGCAGGCGCAGGUAAAAUGCUGUGGCUGGGCCAGCUUCUACAACUGGACAGACAACUCAGAGCUCAUGAACGCCACGGGGAGCACUUACCCCUGCUCCUGCGAGAAGACGGGAGAAGAGGACAACCAGCACAUCGUGAAGAAGGGGUUCUGCCAGGUCUCCAACUCUACCUUGGGCACAAACCGCCCGGAAGAGUGGCCAGUGUACCCGGAGGGCUGUAUGAAGAAGGUGCAGCUGUGGUUAGAGGAGAACCUCGGCAUCCUCCUGGGCGUGUGUGUCGGUGUUGCUGUCAUUGAGCUGCUGGGGUUGCUCCUGUCCAUCUGUUUGUGCCGGCACAUUCAUUCUGAAGACUACAGCAAGGUCCCCAAGUACUGAGCUGCUGACGUCCCCUCUGUCCCGUGUCUCUCCACUCGCAGCAUCCUAGGGGCCGCUCUGGCUCCUCCCCCAUGGCCUGUGUCAUCCACCACUGAGGGCUCUGGCCCAUCCUGAGCAGGACCUAUCAGGGGCUUUCAGGGCCUGGACCCUUCUCCCUGCCUCUCUGCCAGUAUGGAGCCCCGGCUGUCCUGUGGCUUGCUGUCCAGGGGCCCCUUAACAGCUUGAAAUGGCUCCCAGCGUUACUGUACAGGAUGGCUGGGUCCCCACCCUGAAGUCAUAUUAUAUUGUACUAAAUACCGGGGAGGGUGGAUAUAGCACCCGUGGCUGCCCACGGACAGGCCACAGGAAAGGUUAGUGCCCCCUGCCCCUGUGAUAAUGACACUUUCUUUGUGGGUUUUUCAUGUUUCCGUGGGAGACAGAGAGUAAACAGUCUUUCACACCUGACAGUCCCCUCACCCCAACAGCACAGCUCAGCAGGGGUUUGGGGACUGCCCCAGGCAGCCUCUAAUGAGCUCUUGAUGAGGGACCCAACUGCUUAGGGACAUGGGUCCCUCAGGUCUGGCACAGGACCCUGGGUUGUCUGUGCACCAGAGAAGGAUGAGCUGGGCUGAUUUUUUGGGAAGCUCUCCCUGUCCCCUGGGCUAAGGGUGGGUGGUUGAGGCUGUGCCUUGCAGGGUGGGGGAGGGGCUCCAUGUGCUCAGCUCUGAUAUCAACUAUUAAAGGAGGGUUUGUAACAAUA